AUGACAAACAUCCAGGACCGUGUAACUGUAUACCGCGGUUUUACUAACUGGCACAAAGGCUGUUUCCACUGUGAAGUGUGUAAGAUGACGCUCAACAUGAAGAACUACAAAGGCUACGACAAGAAACCCUACUGUAACGCUCACUAUCCGAAGACGUCGUUCACUAUCGUGACGGACACACCGGAGAACCUGCGUCUGAAGCAGCAGAGUGAGCUACAGAGUCAGGUGAGAUAUAAGCGAGACUUUGAGGAGAGCAAAGGCCGAGGCUUCAGUAUCGUCACAGACACACCGGAGCUGCAGAGACUCAGAAGAACACAGGAGCACAUCAGUAACGCGAAGUAUCACGAGGAGUUCGAGCGCUCGCGGGGUCGAGGCACCACACACACCCUCGAUGAGCAGCACAUGGCACGUCUCCAUGGAGACCAGCUGAUGGGCGCCGGCGACGGUUACCAUGGCGUCCAGCCGCAGGUGGUUGAGAUGGACCGCAGAUCAGCAGGAGCCGCUGGUCAGUCCAUCACAAAUACUCACAGUUAG